UGAACGGAAGAAGAAUCGGACACAUCAGAAGACAAAUAAGCAGCAAGCUAUUUAUUGUCGAUAUUGGAAACAUAUUACUCCAUAGUGGGUAUUGAUUAGAAAAGAUUACGCAGACACAGCGAAGCAGUAACAAACCUUUUUACUUGACUAGGUAUUGAAUAUUUGAGGCACUAUGUCUAACUGCAUUUUUCAAGCGCAGUUGACUUCUGUCAUGGAGAUACUGGCAAAAGCGGCAGUAGCAGAAAUAAACAGGCGCGUCGAUGAUAGCUGUGCGAUUCUACGUUUGGAGUUGACCCAAAGCCAGCGAGAUAUUGAUGUUCUGAAAAAGAAAUACACACUGAUGGAGGGAGAACUGAGGAGGACUCGAGGAUUAGUCAGGAGAAAAGAUCGAGGUACCUAUCCAGUCAAGGUGGUUUUGAACAAAGGGAGGAACACUUCACAGUGGAGAUGUAUGGAUGCAGUUGAGGAGGAUAUUCAACUCCAGUCUGCCCAAGCGGGAGAUGUGGAGCAGAAUGCUGAGUCGGAGCCUAUACUGAUUGAGGAGGAAGACACAUGGAAGACUGACCCAGAUCCACUUGAGAAACUGAGGAUCAGUAGAGUGGAAUCUCAUGCCAAGGCUGGGCAAGCAGCAUCCUCCCAGCAACGCCGCAAUGACAAGCUGACCGACAAUUCUGUGGAACUCUACCCCUCCACCGAGGGGCCAGAGGACCCAGAACCGGUGCUGCCUCCUACGGAGCACUUCGAGUACCCGGAGCCACACGGGUCCAGUGUGCCCAAUGGUGGACAUCAGCGUGUAGUGAAGGAUGAGGGAGAGCGGGAGGAGCCAGAUGAAGCCGCAGACAUCAUCCCCUCAGACCCGUACGGCAUGGACCCCAGCGACAGACACCUCUGGUCCUCCAAUCCGGACACGGAGCCGGCCGAUUCCGAUUUCUCAUUUGAUCCCACCGAUCAGUACCACCAAAGUCUCUCCAUGUUCCCCUCUCAUAGUGGGAUGCUCUCAGUUCCCUCCAUGAGUGAGGACAGUGGGCCUCAGCUCCCCUCGAAAGGAAAAAGGCAUUCCAAACCGAGCCGUGUGGCCCACAUGAAGAGACACAACAGACCUUUAGGUGAAGGGCCCAGACAACAGACUGUACACAUACCCGAGGAAGGCGAGAGCAGCGAAGGGGUGAACUUAAUUGAUGAGAACGGUAUGAUUGUACAGCAGCAAUAUAGGGCCUUGGAGGCCACAGACAGGGGGGGCGCAGGUGUGGGGGGGUCCAGCCUGGCUUCUUCUGCCUUUUCCGGAUACAGUCGCAGCAAUUUCAACAUGGCGAGGAGGAUAAGGACGCCGUGGCGCUCAGGUGGCGUGGGGGAGAGGCGUUUCAGCUGCACCUUCUGCGGGAAGAGCUUCAUGCGCUUCAGUCAGCUGAAGGAGCAUCUGCGGAGUCACACCGGCGAGAAGCCGUUCAGUUGCGUGCAGUGUGGGCGGAGUUUCACCAAGCAGUGUAACCUUAUAAGACACGCAGUGGUCCACAGUGGAGAGAAGCCAUUUGAGUGUGCGCAGUGUGGAAAGUGCUUCACCCAGCGCUCCAGUCUCAAGUCCCACCAGAGAACUCACAUAGGGCAGAGCGAUGUGUCUGUCCACAGGCCCAUGGUUCCUGGGUAUGCAGAGGACCCACACACCAGUUUAAUGAUGACUCAGACCAGGUGUUUCAAAUAGAGUUUCGAAGAAAGAAACUUGUAUUUGUAGCACUUCAACUGUAAUUAUUGUCUAUUACUUAAACAUUGUAAUGUUAUUCAUGAACAGGGAAUAUUUUGUUAGAUCUGUGGUACGGCCCUGACUUUUUUGUGAAACGGCACGUUGUUUGACACAUGGAUUCUGUGUUUGUGGAGAUUAGAUUAAUUCUUCAUUACAUUUCUGCAAAUAUUUCUGUAUUUUAAUUGGCAUUAAAAUGAAUUCAAGCAAA